AUGACGAACGAAGAUGUCGAAUCUGGCAAGCAUGUUACUAAAGAAUCAUUAAGCGACAAAGCCGUCAGCCCGACGGUCUCUACGGAUGAGAAGAUACCCGUGACGCCUCUGACACCGCCUCCGCCUUUGCGAGACGGCGGGGCGCGAGCAUGGCUUCAAGUCUUAGGCUCUUUCCUUGUCUUUUCGAACCUCUGGGGCUUCGUGUUCAGCUUCGGCUCGUUCCAGUCAUACUAUCAGCUUACCUACUUGACUAAUGAAAGCCCAUCAGACAUAUCAUGGAUCGGGACGGUCUCGACUGGCCUCCUUAUUGCUGUUGGUGUCGCAUCCGGACCCCUGUUCGAUAUGGGUUACUUCAGGUCUAUGCUGCUUAUUGGAGGAUUGGGAGAGACUUUGGCAAUGUUCAUGCUCAGCCUAUGUUCGAAGUAUUGGCAGAUCAUGCUGACGCAGGGUAUCUUGACUGGAUUGACGAAUGGUUUGCUGUAUCUUCCGGGUCUGGCGCUCGUCGGCCGUUCAUUCAAGAAACAUCGCUCCAUCGCUAUGGCACUCACUACAUGCGGCGCGCCCAUUGGUGGCAUCAUCUACACGCUCAUGUUCGGGCAACUCAUCGACCGUCUCGGCUUUGCCUGGACUAUCCGAGCAAUGGCUUUCUUCAUGUUGGGGAGCUAUCUGAUCUCAUUUCCACUACUGCUCUGGGGUGCAAGCAACCUCGGCGACCUCUCCAGUGGCGGUCGCCGCAAACUGUUCGAUGCAACCGCACUUCGAGAUUUGCCGUUCUGGAGCUACAGCAUGAGCAACUUCUUCCUCUUCUUGGGUUACAUGAUUCCAUUCACGUACGUGGCCGUUUACGGACAAACGCAGCUUGGCAUGAGCCAGAGCGCGUCCCUCAACAUAAUCAUCGCCGCACAGGCAGCGUCCGUUGGUGGACGUCUGAUAGCCGGCUACGCGGCAUCGAAGAUAGGUGUCAUGAUCCCCUGGGUGACCGCUGGGCUCGCUAGUGGCGUUUUCUGCAUUGCAUGGGUCGGCAUAAAAAGCGAAGGUGCUUUCAUCGCGUACGCUAUAUUGUACGGCUUCUUCAGCGGACCGCUGAUACCGCUACCGCCGAGCGUAUUUCCGAUCGUGUGCCCGGAUCCGAAGGUGCUAGGAGCGCGUCUGGGAAUGGCCCAAGGGAUCGGCUCGAUUGCGAGCUUGAUCGGGGCACCUAUCGCGGGUUCGCUGCUGAACACAGGUCGAGGAGAGAACUAUAUUGGCCUGCAGUUGUUCAGCGGGCUGGUGAUGAUGCUGGGAGGUUUUCUGCUCAUCAAUCUCUACUUCCUGCUCCGUAGCCGGAGAGACAUAGGCAAGUUGAUAUGA